AUGGAGGAACUGCCUUACGAUGAGCAAUCGUCUGGUUUGGAGCAAGACCCCAGCAUGGAAGAAGAGCACAACAUGGAGAAAGACUCUAGCAUCGAGGAAGAGCUCAUUAUGGACGAAGAUUCCCUCUGGUGGGAAUGGGGGUCGGUCUGGUCCUGGGCCUCAAGCGGCUUUGGGGAAUACACCGCCUCAAUCCACCCCAUCGGCUUUGUCGAGCUCCCCUCAGAGUCUGCCAUGUACGCUGCAGGUCGAGACCCAGAACAUCCCUUCAAAGACUUGCGAGCCGCCCGUUACGCCCAUCAACGUACUCGAAAAUACUCCAAACGCAAGGAUAGCAGAAAGAAGCGUCGGGGGCUUGACAAGGAGCGACUACGAUAUGGAAUCGCGCUCAAGGACGCGUACUUGGGGAUCAAAAGCAGAGAAUGGGAAGACGACUGGGAGGCAGAAGAGGCACACAACACAGACCUAGAGCACAUGGAUGAUAUCCUCGCAUACUACCGAUUUGGCAAGAACGCAGACAUCUUCGAGCGAAGCGAUGGUGGCGAGGUGGUCCACGGCGAGGACUUUGGAUCCUGGGCACGCCGUCGCAUACACGAGAUGCGCGCAAUCAAGGAAACCAGGAUAAGCAAGCAUGGCUUUGGAACAUGCCCCGAACCACUUCCAGAUGUAAAGCAACAUACUGUCCAGAACACCUGGCGCCCCGGCCGCAUCAACGCCACCAUACCAACAUCACCGUACUCCAAUCCCACCGAAACGACACUUCCCACCACCCCCGCCGAUAUCGAUGCUCACGCCUUGCUCGCGUGCGUCCUCAGCCCCUCCAAAUUCCACCUCACAUACUACCGCAGCCGCAAUCUUCCUCCCUACCAGCACAUUGAAGGCUUCGGCUGGUUCGGAGAGUACACAUGGCAAUGGCAUAGGAACGCGUCUGGGUGCUGGACCCUGGGCUACGGCGGCUGCGAGUACGACGGCGCGUUUCCAUGUGAAUGUUCUUGCAAUGGAAGUCUUACAUAUCGCUGCUAUUGCGAGGAGUUCAAGGUGGAGACGUGGCAGAGGGUACCUGCGCCGGAAGAGAAGCAGGCAUGUAGUCUGGUUGAGUGGGUGCGAGGUAAGUUGAGGGAGGACAUGGAAGAUGAUGAGCGGGGUUUCCAGGAGCAACUGAGGAAAUGGGAAGAGGAAGAGGAUGAGUUGAUGAUGCGGGCCGAGGAAGAUGUGAAGAAUUGCGAAGCGCACUUUGGGGGUGAUGACUUUGAGCGUGAAUGGGGACAUUAUUGGGAAGAUGAGUAUAUAGUAUGCGAAAGCGAAGGGAGUGAAGAUUGGAGUGUGGUUAGUGGAGUUGAGCAACGCUGA